CGUCACGACAUCUUUCCCUCCCAGUUUUCUCAUAUAGCACGAAAUAAAGCAAACGAAUGACUAAGAACUAAAGCUUCCGUGGACGUGCUGCGCCUCACGAAGUGGAGACCAACAAAGCUUUGUGAACGCUCAGCAGUCAGCGCAGACGGGCGGCUUGGAAAGCAAAGACCACCUGAGGAUUGGCGGCGUCUACACGUUUUGCUCCACUUCAGACUAACAAUGGAAGGACAGCAGGGCAAGCAGGUGACCGGCUACCUCCUGUUCUCGCUGACAACGGCCGUCAUCGGGUCGCUGCAAUUCGGCUUCAACACAGGCGUCAUUAACGCACCAGAGCAGAAACUGCGGGCGUUCUUCAAUGACACGUGGAUGGAGCGUUACAACAAGCCCAUCAGCGCCGACAUCUGCACGGUGGUGUGGAGCGUCACCGUGGCCAUCUUCAGCGUGGGUGGCAUGGUGGGAUCAUUCAGCGUGGGCGUCAUGGCCAACCGCUUUGGCAGGAAGCGCUCCAUGCUGCUGGUCAACAUUCUGGCGGUGAUCGGCGGGCUGCUGAUGGGCGCCUCCACCUUGUGCUCGUCCUAUGAGAUGGUGAUUGCUGGCCGGCUGGUCAUUGGCCUCUUCUGCGGGUUCUUCACGGGCCUGACGCCCAUGUACGUGGGCGAGGUGUCGCCCACGCAGCUCAGGGGCGCCUUUGGCACCCUGCACCAACUCGGCGUGGUGGUCGGCAUCCUCGUCGCUCAGAUUUUGGGCCUGGAGUCGCUGCUGGGCUCGUCGCGCCUCUGGCCGCUGCUGCUGGCGCUGACUGUGGUGCCAGCCGUGCUGCAGAGCAUCCUGCUGCCCUUCUGCCCCGAGAGCCCCCGAUUCCUCCUCAUCAACCUGAAGCGGGAGGAGCAGGCGCGUAAAGAGCUGGUGCGUCUGCGCGGCAGCGAGGACGUGAGCAGCGACUUGCAGGAGAUGAAGGAGGAGAGCAACAAGAUGGCGCUGGAGAAGAAGGUGACCAUCCCGGAGCUCUUCCGCUGCCCGACCUACCGCCAGCCGCUGCUUGUCGCCGUCAUGCUGCAGCUGUCGCAGCAGCUGUCCGGCAUCAACGCCGUGUUCUACUACUCGACGGGCAUCUUCAGCUCGGCCGGCGUCAGCCAGCCCAUCUACGCCACCAUCGGCGCCGGCAUUGUCAACACAGUCUUCACUGUCGUCUCGCUGUUCCUGGUGGAGAAGGCAGGGCGCAGGUCACUGCACCUGCUGGGCUUGGGCGGCAUGGCGCUGGCAGCGCUGCUCAUGACUGUCUCGCUGCUGCUGAAGCAGGUGGCGGGCAUGAGCUACGUGGCCAUCCUGGCCGUCAUGGUGUUCGUGGCCAUGUUCGAGUUGGGGCCGGGCCCCAUCCCCUGGUUCAUCGUGGCUGAGCUCUUCUCUCAGGGACCGCGGCCCGCCGCUAUGGCCGUGGCCGGAUGCUGCAACUGGACCUCCAACUUCCUCGUCGGCAUCAGCUUCCCCAAACUGGAGGAAUUGUGCGGACCGUGGGUCUUCCUGAUCUUCAUGGCCUUCCUGGUUCUCUUCUUCAUCUUCACCUUCUUCAAAGUCCCGGAGACCAAAGGCAAAACCUUUGAUGAGAUCUCCCGUGCCUUCGGCACGGGCGCCGCCCCUGCCUCGUCCCUGCCGGCCCCCCACUCGCACCAACCCGAGGGCCAGGAAGAAAAGGCCAAGGAGAAGCUCUCCCUGGUGGAGGCGGGCACCGUCGACAACAACGGCGAGAUGGCGCCCCUCCGGGAGGACUCGGUUGUGGUGGAGGGUGUUUAGACGUCACUGACGGUAGACCGCCGCGAGCCGCCUCCGUAAUGUCCUUGUUUCCUUUUGCCUAUUUCGUUCAAUCGAUAUUCCGCCGCCAAAUUGGUUGUCACGAUUGGUCAACGUUAAGACUUGGCCAAAGGGCGUGGCCGUCUCCUUUGGGUAUUGUGUGUGUGCGCGACCUCUUUGUUGUCUUUGUGCAUACCAGCUGUAGCCGGCCGGGUUGGGCAAAAACUAAACGAUCCACGCAAAAUUGGUGAAUUCUAAAAAUAUAUUUCAUUAAAUAAUUUGUUGAUUGGAAGCAAUUUGAAUUAAAAAAAUAAUUGCAUAAUUGGAAAUAAUUAAAAACAUGACCUUUCAUUUGUAACUUUAAUCGGAUCAUUUUAAAUUGUAUCAAUAAUGGAUUGGCCAGUAGUCAGAUCAAUUUAAAACACAAACACUGACUAAUUAUUUAAAAACAAAAAACAACUUCUAUUUAUUUAUUAAUUUUAAUGAUAGAAGAAUUCAUAUUGAUGAAAUGACCUCAAUCCCAAACGUCUUGUCAAAAGCCAUCUUUCGCCUUCUAUGCUAAUACUAAGCUUAACAAUAAUUAUUAUAAUAGAUUUUAUUUGUCACACACUUUACAUUCCAUAGGAAUCUCAAAGCCUAUGAGCUUUCUGCUGCUGUUACCAUGGCAACCACCCACUUGGACAGGAUUGCUCAUCCUUUGCGAAGGCUUUUGGGAAUUGUAGAUCUUUAACGUCUGCACCCUCUAUGGUAUUUUUGUUUAUUCAUUUUUUAGUACCUCUGUCAGGCCUUAUUGUUUCAUUAUUUUUAUUUAGUCAACAAUAGCACGCUUUUUGUCCUUUUUGGUUUUCCCAACCUUGAUAAUGGUUACAACUCCAAAAUUUUACGUUCCCCUAAAAACUAUUUUUUAUACCACCAGAUGAGAAGUAUAUAUCAGAAUAUAUUGAAGAGAGAACUAUUUAUGUUUUCUGCCAGCCAAUGAAGGGAAACAUCAGCAGCGUGCAAUAUGAUGGAGUACGUAGCAAAAGUUGAACGGGCACAUCUUCCAAACUGAAUAAUUGAAGCAGCGGUCACAUAUUUUGUCUGGUUGAGCACUUUAGAAGAACCAAAAAAGCAAACAAACAAAAAACAAAACGGUGGAUAAAGUGUGCAAUCUACUGUGGUAAGAUUUUGAGAGCCUGCAAAGUGAAUUCCGCCGUUUGGUCUUUGUUACGUUUUAAAACUUUCCUUUUUCUCCUCUUUGCAACAACAGCUAUGUGCCAAUGAAACCAUGCACUCAAAUGUCUUGAAAAUCACUUAACAGAAUUUUAUUUUGGGUGAGAAGUCAAAUUUGUUUUGGUUUUCGAGCACGUUUGAGAAAGUUUUCCCUCCGCAUAUGAACGAUUUAACCACAUUGUGCUUAGAUAUAUACAUAUACAUAUAUUUAGGAACGUAGACAUGACUUAAAUAGUAUUUCAAUUCAAAUCCGUGGAACAUAAAAGGUUAAGAGCCAAUGCAAAUGUAGCGUACAAGAAAAGGCGAAAUGAAGUGUACUUGGACUCUUAAUUCUUUUGUUUACCACUAGAGUCACAACCACAGGUUUUGGGAAUUGUAUCUUGAGGUGAAUUGAAGUCAAAACAUUACGUGUUGUCUUCCGCCGCGUGUGUGUCCGAAUUGCUGUGACAACGUUGUGUGUUGUUGCUUGCGUGACGCAAAUGAUUUUGUGGUCGUUUUUAAUCACCGCCACUGCACUUGGAAUAUUUAUGAAUUUGUGUUGUUGUGAGGUGACGUGCGCUCAAAUCACAAUCGCCGCUGCUGCUUUGUGACCAUGCUAAGGUCCUCUGGGGACAUGUUGCGCGUGCGCUCGGAUCAACGACUUGUGUUUGUUGAGUGUGCUUCACUUGUGUUGUUAUGGAAUAAAGCCUGUCCACAAUGUCAAGAAACAUACCACAAGCAGUUUUUUUUAUCCCUUGUUCGAAACGUAAGAUUUUUAAAAUCAUGUAUCACGUCUUUUUAU